CCACUUGAUUGAGGUCAUUCUCAAAAGUUGCUUUACACUAUGCUGUGGUAAAUUUUUGGACCCAUGAAAACGCAAGCCGAACUACUAGGGCGACUCAUAUCGAACCCCCCUGGAACAACUGUACCUAUCAUGGAUAUGGUGAAUGCCGAUUAUGAGGCCAGAAGCUUGGAGGGUCGGUAUACGAUAGCCACAACCUCUAGAAUAGCAAACCCACGGGGCAAGAGAUGAUAUCUUACUCCUAUACAGCGUCCAAGUUCUUUCGUCUCUUGGGCUCAUCAUCCCGUUCAAACAACAUGGACAUCAUCCCAUCAUCCUCAUCGGCAAUAAUUGCUAGAAGCUCCACCACACACCACACGAUGGCUCCCAAGGUUAUUGUCCCACCCGGACCGACCACAACCAUGACUGCUGAUUUUCGAGUACACAAGCAUCGCGUCUUCAACAAGAUAUGGGUUUGGGUAGUCACUAUUGUUAUCGCUGGCGAGCUCACCGACCUGAUAAUGCGACACCGGAGCCCCCGGCACACGGUCGAAAAGCUCAACAUAUGUUUUCUCUUCUGCGCAAUCAUGACCGCCAUGUACUACACCUACGAGUUCGGGCACUGGGCAUGGAUCAAGACUCGCGAGCACUGCCUUGACAGCCACGACAAGAAGGAGGCCCGUCGCAAGAGGCAGGAGGAGAGCGGAAUCGUUUCGGACACGGACAGCAGCAGCAGCAACAGCAGCUGAACCCGGACGCGGGGUUUGAUAAUGGAAAGACUGGUGGAACAGGAAUACAACAACCGUGGAUAAAGCUUGCGAUAAGGAGGGAGAAUUUACCAAGUAGCACAAGCUAAGUUCGGGGAUUACCUCAAUAGCAUCCUGCCUGUCAGGUUCAUUAAAUUGCACAUAAAAGCGAAGCUGUAGCCAACUAUCAACUUGGGCUGGUAUGGUAUGAGUUAGACUAGACUAGUGUAACAUGAUAUAUUGACUUUUGAAGGACAGCAAAACUGGGUAUUAUGAUAAAUUCAUGUUAAUAUCCGA